AUGCGCAUCGCCAAGUUCGAGUUCACCACGAUCAUGACCAGCACUGUCAAUAACGGUCAUUUCGGCGCGCUACUGCUGCUUCUCGUCGGCCCACCUCUACCGGGUCUGGCCGGGCGUACACGAACCUCAUUGAAUGCGCCGUCGAUCGUGAUGUUGCUCAUGAUUCCCGGCACGUUUGAUCUCGUGUCCAAAGCGCUGAGUACGGACGUCAGCACCGCUAUGACGGCCGCUACGGCGCCAACACGUCAACAGUCAUCUCAGUCAAUGCCUGGCCUGCCGCAACCACCCAUCCCGGAGUCGGGCAUGGUACGGGCUAUCACCAGGACAUCUGAAGCCAGAGUGACUGUGGCGGAGAAAGUGGCCGUGGAGGCGAGGAGGGAACAGAACGAGGAUGCCGACGCAUGGGAACGCGACAAGAGGACGCUGGAAGCCCAGAAGACCCGCCUCGAAGAGCAGGUGGAGCGACUCCGCGUGUACAGCGAGCUUGGGUCCCAGGCAAUGUUGGUCGCGGGCGCCAUGGAAAGUCUCAUCUUCGUCCAGAGGGAGUCAGAGUGGUGGUCAAUGGGAUCGUGGUGGACGCGGACAACCCUGAGAUAUGGGCUAUUGAUUGACUAA